GGCAGCUAUGCGUCAGCUGAGGAAAGGUUUGUGCUUUACGGCGUUUCAGUGUUUACUGUAUUUAAAGCGAUAUGAAACGUUAAAGGUGCUUGAAGUUCUGCUGUUAACAGCGCGGAAAUAUUACUGAAACCAUCGUGCCUCAGUAAUGUGAAGUGGAUGCAGAAAAUUACAGAAUGUAGUGCUGUAAUGUUUUGAGCCCUGCUCCCAUCAAGAGAGAAGCACAAACGUACAAUAUAAGGAUGUUAAAUAUAUUUAUAAUUACUCUGCACUGCUCCAUGUAUCACUGAAGCUGCAUUAAAAAUAAUAAUAAUAAUAAUAACAACCAGUACCCUUUAUAGUCCUUCAGAAUAAGAUCAUCAGAACUUUAUAGCAGAUCUGGAGCGCUGUAUCUCAGCAGAUUCUUGAUCUUCAGUGAAUCCGUCGUCUCAGAAGCAGAAUAACUCUAAUCUGACAUGGAGUUUGUCAGGGUGCUGAUUGGGGACCUGAGCGACCCAGAACCCUUCAAGAUCUUAAAGGAUGACCCCGAGGAGCACCCAGACCUGGUGGAGCUGAAGGAGGAAAGUCAAGCGCUGAAUGAACGUCCGUUUGAGGAACCUCAUGCAGUCAUAACCAGUGAUACAUCAUCAGAGAGUCUCUCACAGACUGAAAAUAAAAGCACUCAGAAAACAGCACUCAUCUGUCCUCACUGCGGAAAGACUUUCAGACAGAGAGGUCAUCUUGAGGAUCACAUCAGGACUCACACCGGAGAGAAGCCUUACGUCUGCCUCCAGUGCGGGAAGAGCUUCACACACAAAGGAAACCUGAAGGAUCACAUGAGGAUUCACUCGGGAGAGAGACGCUUCUCCUGUCAGCACUGCGGGAAGAGGUUCACACAUAAAGCCAACCUCACGGAUCACAUCCGGAUCCACACAGGAGAGAAGCCGUUCUCCUGCCAUCAGUGCGGGAAGAGCUUCACACACGCCACCAGUCUGAAGACUCACCUGCUGUCUCACUCCGGAGAGCGGCCCUUCAGCUGCCAUCAGUGCGGACAGAGCUUCAUCCUAGCGGCGCACCUGAAGAGACACCUGAGGAUCCACACCAACGAGAGACCCCACGUGUGCUCCUUCUGCGGGAAGAGCUUCCUGUGGCUCUGCUAUUUCAAAGACCACCAGAAGAAGCACACGGGUGUGAAAGCUCACGUGUGCUCCGAGUGCGGCAGCGCCUUCACGAGAGCCAGCGAGCUGAAGAUGCACCAGAGGACACACACCGGAGAGAAGCCCUACACCUGCUCGUGCUGCGGGAAGAGCUUCGCCGAGUCUGGAAACCUGAAGAAACACCAGCGCGUUCACACCGGAGAGAAGCCCUACCAGUGUCCCUCGUGUGCUGCCAGCUUCAGUCAGUUCAGCCAUUUACUGAGACACCUGAAGCAGCAGAGCUGUCCGAAGCUGACGCAGUUCCUCUUCAGGCCUCCGGGGGAGCAGUCAUCCUCAGGUGAAACACUCACCAUUCACCCGAAGGAGGAGCUUCUGCCAGAAUAACAGAUCAGACUCUGAUACUUAUUAAUAAAAGAUGUGUACUGCUGACAAAGUUGGUCUGGGAUCACUUCAAAGAAUUGUAUUAAAAUGAUCUGUAUCUGUUAUUAUCACGUGUCCCUGCAGCACAGAAGCAGUCAUCAGUGUCACAG